UUAACAGGUGGAUAGUCUCCGUCUCAAAAGGGGAUCCCAAUCCAAUCGAAGGUCUCUCUUUCUUUUGCUCAUCCUCCAAAUCUACCUUUCGUCCUCACUUCACAACAGUAACGAGUAACAACGCCAUGGAAUUGCUCUCAUCUUCAUCAUCGCUGUGUUCACCUCAUUCCUUCUUCGUCCCUAAACCCAAAGUCUCUCCUUCCUCGUGGUUCAAGCCCCCCGCAAGAGUAAAACCCUCGACCAAAAUCUACUCUUCUUCUACGUCUACCAUGAGAGGCAGCAGUCCAAGUCCAAUUACUAUUAUUAAGAAUAAUAGUGAGACGCAGGCGAGAGGAGAAGCAGACCCGAUGGGGCUGUUGCUGAAGGAGAGGAUCGUGUUCUUGGGAUCCAACAUCGAUGACUUCGUCGCCGACGCUAUCAUCAGUCAGUUGCUCCUCUUGGAUGCUCUCGACCCCACUAAGGAUAUCCGUCUUUUUAUCAAUUCUCCUGGUGGCGCUUUGAGUGCUACAAUGGCCAUCUAUGAUGUUGUAAAGCUUGUGAGGGCUGAUGUUUCCACAGUUGCACUUGGCAUUGCAGCAUCAACAGCUUCCAUAAUCCUUGGUGGUGGCACUAAAGGCAAGCGUCUAGCAAUGCCUAAUACUCGAAUUAUGAUUCAUCAACCUCUGGGAGGUGCUAGUGGCCAAGCAAUAGAUGUGGAAAUUCAAGCCCAAGAAGUCAUGCAUAACAAGAAUAAUGUCACAAGAAUUUUUUCAGAAUCUACUGGUCGCUCAUUUGAACAAGUCCAAAAAGAUAUUGAUAGGGAUCGUUACAUGUCUCCUAUAGAGGCAGUUGAAUAUGGAAUAAUUGAUGGAGUAAUUGAUAGAGAUAGCAUUAUUCCUUUGGUGCCUGUGCCAGAUAAGGUGAAAUCAAGAGUAAAUUUUGAGGAAAUGAGUAAAGAUCCAAGAAAAUUCUUGACACCUGAAGUUCCAGAUGAUGAGAUAUUCUAGCUUUGGGUGUAUGUUAAAGGUAUGACAUUCUCACUGUUACUCCUUCACAUCUUAUUUGUCCGGAACUUUGUGUAAGCUAUGGAAACUUAGAAUGAAGAGAUUUUGCAUUUGUAGUGAGGAAAAGCCCUGUCAAAUUGCAAACUUUCAGAGUGAUUUGCUUUAGCUUUUGACUAUUGAAAGAAAGCGUCAAAAGAAGUUGGGGUUUUGUUGCA